AUGGCGACGGGCGGUGCGGGCCCGGCCCGGCCGCUCCUGUGCGGGGCUGAGGGCGAGAAGGUUCCCGGAGCCUGCCAGGCUGAGCCUCCCCCGCUCCCUCCGCCGCUGCUGGGGCUGCAGCCCCCUCCACAGCCCCCUUCCCUGCCCCGGGCACGCUCAAUGUGUGUCUUGCAGUGCGGGGCCCGCAGCUGGGCCCGGGGUUUGCGUUGCCCCCUGAACAAUCAUUGCCCGCUUUGGCUCCUGUUCAGCUGCUGCCGACCAGCUCCUCUGGGUCCCUUUCCAUUGGGAAAACAUGGGAAUUGUGGCCUUUUUUCCUUGCUUUUCUCUCAUUCUGCAGAUGGCAGCGUUUUCCCUUCCCAGCCCCGUGUUUCCCCUGAGAGUCGCGGCCCCUGGGCCCAUCGCAGCCUGGCGGUUCACCAGGUUCCUCUUCCUCCACCACAACAAGAGGCUGUCGGGCAAGGCCGUGCAAACAGCUGCUGAUAACACAACUUCCAGGUUGCUGUUCCAAGGCCGGGGCCGUUGAACGCAGACGAGCGCCCGUGUUUGUCUGUGCGGCCUGGCAGCGACAGCUGCUCCCGGGCCUUGGUGCCAGGUACAGCCCGGGCUAAUGACUCUGUUUAUCCUCUUUGGGUAAUCCUGAUAAGGCCCCGCAACCCCUCCCUGCGAUUCAUUGAGAAAACGGCCGUUGACCGCCAGGAACUCGCCUGGCCCGGCCAAUCAGCCCAGCAACGACGGGGUUGGUCGGGUGGUUUAAUGAGGGCUGCUUAAUCAUGCGGUCAAGGCUGCGGAGGGGUGUUCACUGUGACCCGGCCUUAUAAGAGCCGGCUGCAGAGGCAGGGCUGGUGGGGCUGGGAGCACGGGGACGAUCCGGCCCGUGACACAUUCUGGAUUUUACGCCUCUCUCCCUGUGACUGAGUCUGGACGAGGACCCGGCUCAGCCAUGAGCACCAGCGUGGAUACGGAGUGUGAGCGGUGCCGGUGCCACAGCAGGGACAAGCCCCCCGCCAUCCUGUACACCCUGCUGAGCCAGGAGCUGCAGCCCGGCAGGGCCCGGCAGCGCUGCCUGUGCCACCAGCGCCGCGCCGUGUGCCUGGCGGCGCCGCACCUCACCUGCCGGGCCGCCUCCGACGUGCUGCUCAAAACCAUCAGCUUCGUGAGGAACGUGGCCGCCUUCCAGCUGCUGCCGCGGGAGGAUCAGCUGCUGCUGCUGCACGGCUGCUGGGUGCCCCUCUUCCUGCUGGGGCUGGUGCAGGGCAUGGUGACCUUCGAGGUGACGGAGGCCCCGGCCCCCAGCAUGCUCAAGAAGAUCCUCCUCAGCGGCCAGAGCAAAGGGCAGGAGCCCGAGGGGACGCAGCCCACGCUGGCCGCCGUGCAGCGCCUGCAGUGGUGCCUCAACAGCUUCUGGAGGCUGGACCUGAGCCCCAACGAGUACACCUACCUGAGGGGAGCCAUCCUCUUCAGUCCGGACACCCCAGGCCUGAGGGCUCCGCUCUACAUCGGGAGCCUGCAGCGGGAGGCGCAGCGGGCGCUGCGGGAGCAGCUGCAGCCCGAGGGGCAGCGCCGCUUCUCGCGCAUCCUGCGGGCCAGCUCCGCUCUGCGCGCCGUGCCCGCCGCCCUCGUCACCGGCCUCUUCUUCCGGCCCCUCAUCGGCGACGCCGACAUGGGCGAGCUGCUGGCAGAGAUGCUCUUCGAGGUGCCGGGCUGGCCACAGGGCCCGUGGCUGCCCCUGCCCCGCUGAGCGGGGCUGGGACAGGAGCUCUGUGUUCCGCGGGGGCUGCAGGAUCCCUGCCUCAGCAGAUUCUACAGCAGCCCCUGCCCCUCCUGGGCCGGUCUCCAGUCCGGGGAGGGGCUGUGGGUGAGGGCUUUCCUGCCCUGCUCCCGGUUUUUAUUCAUUUGUGAACUCCAAGCAGUGAGGGCUGUCCUCAGCUUGAGGGCUGCAGUGGGAUCACAGCCCGAGGGCAAACACUGUGGAAUUACUCUGGGUCUGGCUUCCGUGCUUGGAAUCUUAGAAAUGCUCAGGAAAUUUCUCCAUGGAAAAUGCCAGAGUGUUAAAUCCUACAGGGUGUACAGACUCACCCCUCUUUUUCCUUAGAUUCUGUCUUUCCUCUGUAAUUCCAUGAAAUACAACAGGAUUAAGAGCACUUAGGAGCGCCUAAACCUACUGCAGCUCACAUGGGGCUCUGGGCUUUCCUGUCUGUGAAAAGUUAAACCCGAGCAGAGCUGCUUCAGUGGGAGAUCCAAACCUCCCUCCCGGAGUCAGAGCCAGGUGCACACCUGGAAAACUCGCUCCUGCUGCCUCCAGCAGGUGAGCUGUCAGUAUUUUAUAAGUGAACGUUGAAGUGGUUUGUAUAUAAGAUGCAAUAAAUUAUUUUU